AAAUAAAAGAGAAGAAUAUAAGAAUGUGUCAAUAAUGUAAUAUUUUUGUACUUUUAAUAAUAAUUAUUGUCUUGAGUUUUAGCCUAAGUUUAACUUUUAUUUUUCACUUUUAAACUACAUACUUAGUUUACUAAAGUAAGUAAAAGUUAUACUUUCCAUAUGGGCAAAGUUAUCAUUGAUUACGUCGUAGGGAUUCCCCUUAAAAUUUCCUCUAACAGUACUAAAACUUUUAAAUUAUAACAACAAUGGGCAAUACAAAUAAUAAAUAUGAUACCGAUAAUUCAAAUUAUGUAGAAAGUGAUAAAAGUGAUUCCGAGAGUGUUGACGAUUUAAAUGACACUUUACCAUGUGAAACUACAGAUGCUGCAACAAAUCCUAUAGUAAGUUUACCGGAUGCAAGGAGUCUUUUGAAUGUUGAAAAAGUUAAACAGAUUGAACAAGAACUGGACAUUGAUGAAUUGAUAUCUGUGAUUUACUUAUUACUAGAAGAUCGCACUGAAAUAGAAGUUCAGCUUCAGAGAAUAUUAUUAUUAUUGGCAGGUGGCAGUAAAAAUAUAUUGUCUUUAUGGGCAGAAUACCAUUCGCACAAAAGAGAUUAUUGGGAAAGAAAAUUGGUAGAAGCAUUUUGUACUAUAAAAAACUAUGCAGUUUUACGGAAAUUAGGCUACGAAAAAUCGGAUGUUAUUGCUCAUUUUCUACCAAAUCAACCCCAUUCUCUAUACCUUAACAAGCUUAAAAAAACCAUUUAUUUAAUUUGUGACAACUUCGAUAGAAAAGAUACAAAAACUUUUCUCAACUAUGUCAGGGAAAGCUUCAAUAGAUGCAAUAUAUAUUUUGAUGAAUACGGUGAAGAAUACCUCGAGGUGUACUUUUUAAAAUGGGAAAGUAUAAAUCAAUUGAAUUAUAAUGAAAUAAAACAAACCCUCAAAGUUAUGGGAAUGGAACAUUUAAAAGACAAAUUAGAAACUGCAUUAUCAGGGUUUCCAGAAGAAAUUAGACAGAAUUCAAAUAGAUCUGCCAAUAAAAUUAACUAUCAACCUUUACAAAGUGGACAUUGGAGUUUAGAACCAAUAAGUCACAACAGACAAAUUUCAGUAACUUGUAUGGAUAAUCAAAGAGUAGAGAGGGCUACUAAAAGAAAUUUGGAAAAUAUGUCAUUACAACAAAUUGUUGAAAACGAACAACAUGAAAAUUACUUUAUGGAAUAUCAACAUAACUUAACUCCUACCAUUAAAUCUGUCACAAAUAGUGUGGAAACAUUGGAAGAUUGUUAUGAAAUAGAUCCAAGUAGACCUGGAGUUGUUCUUAUUAUUAAUCAGGAAUUAUUCUAUAAUGAAGUACAUAGAGAAUUUAAGCACUUAUUACCUCCAUCUGGUAAAAUCUUGCUCAAUAGACAAGGAACAAAUAAGGAUAGGGAUAAACUUGAAGAGGUUUUCAAACAAUUUGGAUAUAAAGUGAUUGUAAAAAAUGAUCUGAACCAUUUAGUAAUGUUGCAAGAGAUUAAGACUAUAGUAGAUUCUAUAUGUAAUGAAUCUAGUUUAUUUAUUUGUAUCAUGUCACACGGGGACGAAGGAGUGAUAUACGGUUGUAAUAGCUGUCAUGUAAAAGUUUCCAAAAUACAAGAAAUUAUGUUUACUAGAAACCAGAGGAAUUUAGCAGGGAAACCAAAAAUUUUAAUCCUUCAGUCAUGCCAAGGCAAUGAAUGCCAAAAAUCAUUAGAAAGUAAAAAUGUAGAAGAUAUACAUACUACCUUGACAACUGAUGGGCCCAGUGCAAAUAUAAGUGAUACAUUAACGUUUUGGGCGUCCUUUCGUGGAUAUGCUGCUAUAAGAAAUAGAAAAUUGGGAUCUUGGUUCAUACAAACAUUUUGCAGAAUGUUGCAAGAUUAUGGAAAUAAUCAAGAUUUUCUCAAAAUUUGUACCAGAAUAAAUGGAUCAAUACAAAAUAUGGAAUGGAAUAACGAAGAAGAUGAAAUAUUGAUCAUGACACCAGUACUGGAAUCUACAUUGGGAAAAGAUUUUUAUUUACCACCGCUAAAUGGAUUUAACAAAGUUCGUAUUUGAAUCACUCACAUUUGGAACCAUUGAUGAUAUUCGUAUUGAACACACUUUCACUAUCACUACUCACUCACUUUAUCUGCUGUGUUUCAAUAUAUCAUUCAUCAUGCUAAGAUACCGAAGAUACAAAACAUGAUUUAUUUCCAUUUCCCAUUAAUUAUUCUUUCUCCUACCUAAUUAUAGAUUAUUUUACAACCGUCUUGUUUCAAACCACCGUUAAUAUCCAACUUAUGUUUUCUGAUACAUGUACAGAUAAACUUUAUUAUCCUAAUCUUCAAAAUAUUGACUUGUUCAAAACCGUAUCUAUAGAUGAUUGAAAAAGGUAUAAACGAUGCAACCUGGUUGACAUGAUUCCAGCCCUUGUAGUGAUUUGUAACAAAAAAAUUGAAAAAUUUCCAAUCUGUAAAGAUGUCUCUAUCGUAUUGACCUUAGCCAAAAAAAAAAUGGCACAAAAUGGCGUCGACAUGAAAUAUCAAUUUUCUUGCCUUUUUCGAAUUUUUUAAAACUCCAAAUUGACUUUAUUUAAAUCCAAGACAGACGCGAUAGAGAGAUAUCAAAAUCUAUUGUAUCUCCGGAAAUACUGUGAAUUUUUAAAAAUCUGCUUAACGACAUAUUUUUAAGAGUCUUGAAAAAUGCUAAUUUUUAGACCAGAAUACCCUUUAAUUUAGUGGUAACAAACAAUCUUUAAAAGUUCUGAAUUCCCAAUCCUUGAAUUUUCUAUUUACAUAUUCCUUGGUUUCUUCUAUGUUCUCUCAUAUGUUAUUAUGUAGGUGUACUUGUUUUUUGUUAUUUUUCAUAUUUACUUCUCUCUUCCGUUAUUAAAUUCUUGUAAUUUGAUUUUCAUUUACCCCCCAACAAAUGAUAAUCCGUCACAUUGAAAUUCAUCUAAGAACAUUUCAGAUUCUGCGUACCAAAAAACGUUUUUUGUACUAUUUUAUAUUAUGUUUAAAACGAAUAAAUAAAACAAUUUUAUUGAGUUA